GGACUCCCAGUCCCAUGUCACCAAAGCGUGGAAAGCCAUCCAAAAGGAGGGAGGAGGAGUCAGCAGGACGAAAAAGAAAAAGAGAACGCGCUCGAGCCAGCACAACAAUCACUGAACUGAACUCACCGAGCAGUGCAAUCCCUCCUGGAGGUAGGCUGAGGAGAUUGAUAUAGGGGUUGGACUUGCAGGCAGGGCGCGACCGCGCGAGCCGGCCGGGAGCCCCCACCAACCCACCAUGUCCAUGUCCGGGAGUUUGCGCUGCCGCACCUGCAGCGCGAGCUUCUUCCUCCCCGCCUCGUCCUCAUCGUCCUUCUUGGCCCUCUGCCCCCGUUGCCUCGAGGUCUACCUCGAUGACUCUCCUACGCCCGACCUGGUCUUGCCGCCUCCUCCACCCCCAAUCUUGCCGCCUCCUUCCACCACCGAGGAGACCAUGCCAUCGUCGGACGAUCUGCUUCCUCCUCCGCUUCCGCCUUGGCUGGUGCAGGGGAUCCCGUCCCAAGAUCCUAGGAGUUACCGCUUCAUGUCACCAGACUCUCCGCCACGGACACGGUCGCCGCAGCCUAUUCCGCCCGUCUGUGUGUGGCCGUCUUCUUCUUCUUCUUCCACGUCGACGCCAUGGGAUCACCUCUUGGGUCCCUCUGACCCAGUCGCUGAUACGGGCAAGGAGGGGCCGCCGUCGAACAUGUCCGUCCGCCAGGAUCUGCUUCCGCCUCCGACUCUGCCUUGGGACGAUGAAUACGACUUCAGCUCCUCCGACUCCGAUAACCAGAGCCCGCCACGGCCACCGCCGCCGCCGCCUCUUUACGCCUACGACCCCACGUUCGAGACGCCGCUCCAACGCGGCGGGUCACGAGCGGCGCCGUCUCCUGCUUUCGCCUACCAGGCCGCCACGUUCGACACGCCGCUCCAACGCAGCAGGUCACAAGCUGCUUUCGCCUACCAGGCCGCCAUGUUCGACACGCCGCUCCAGCGCGGCGGGUCACCGGAAGCGCCGCCUCCUGUUUCAGCCGACGACGCCACGUUCGACACUCCGGUCCAACGCGGCGGGUCUCGAGCGGCGCCGGCGGCGUCCAUCGCCGCCCUGCCCACCGUGAUCGUCGCCGACGCCGCGCUCGUCUGCCCUAUCUGCACCGACCCCCUGCCGUUAUCGGCGCCCGCGCGCCGGCUCCCCUGCGACCACCUGUACCACUCCGAAUGCAUCGUCACGUGGCUGUCGCUGCGCAACUCUUGCCCAGUGUGCCGCGGCAGCAUCCCGAUGUUCCACCCCACCACCACAGAUAUUGCGUCGCCGUCCACCGACCCGACGCCGCCUGCCGGACGGAGGCGAUUUCUACCUGGCGGCCGCCGGAUCAGGAGGAUCUGCAGCAGUUUGCUGAGACGCAUGGAAAUUAGCCAGGAUCGUCAGACGAAUAGCAACCGCGAUCGCCAGACAGAUAGCAGCGGCGAUCUGCGGGUUUGAUGGACGACAUUGUCCUGCACCUAUACGAUCGUUGCCUUGUUGGUGUCUCAGCGCAUUGCCCCAACAUCGUAGUCUUGUCAUAUAUGCAAGAACAUGAUUAUUCAGUGUCUAUGAUACUUGAGGACUGUGUUCCCUGUAAUUACAAUAGAAGUAUGGCACGGAGUGUGUUUAUGGUUACAUUUUGGCAAUGUAAGAGAAAACUCCCCCA